AUGGAUAAGAGGGUUACCAAAAAAGCAUGGUUCAUACUGAUUUUCAUCCUCUUAUUUCAGCAUUUCCACCCGGGACCUUUUCCGUUCGUGAAAAUGCCAAACUGUCCUGCUUGCCAGAAACCCGUUUACUUCGGUGAACGAGUGUCGUCUCUUGGGAAAGAUUGGCAUCGACCGUGCCUACGAUGUGCUAAUGAAUCAUGCAAAAAGACGCUCACAUCUGGCGGUCACUCCGAGCACGAAGGCAAACCGUACUGCAACCGAUGUUAUGGUGCGAUGUUCGGCCCGAAAGGUUAUGGCCACGGCGGAACUGAGAGCCAUACGUUCCAUGCCGGAGCUACUGGAUAA